CUGUUAUUUAUGUGUUGCUCCUUUUUAAGCUCCUCCCUGGUGUCCGGUUCCAGCAGGACCACCUUCCCCACCUCCCCUCCGCUCGGUCUUUGAGGGGGGAUUCCGUAUCCGAGAGACUGUACCGUCCCCCCCUCCGCAGCGCUGCAGUGGUUCAGUCCGGCCGCGCUGCGCUGAGAGCGGGCCGCACAACGGCGCAGCUGCGCGGGGGAGCACGGGGGGGAAAAGUUUUAGUUCUUACUGGACAGGACCGGAGAGAGUUCGGCCAUGGGGGAAAUCUAACCGGACACACACUCUCUCACACUCACAUACACACACACACACACACACACACUCACACACACACCACCCGCUUGGACAGCAGCGCAGCCCCCCGUCCCGGCGAAGGUGUGAUGGCUGCUUCGGUGAAGGUGGCGGUCCGAGUUCGGCCCUUUAACAACCGCGAGAGCAGCAGAGAUGCCAAGUGUGUGAUCCAGAUGCAGGGAAAGACCACCUGCAUCACCAACCCUAAACAGCCCAAAGAGUCCGCCAAGAACUUCACUUUUGACUACUCCUAUUGGUCACACACUACGGAAGAUGACCCCAAUUUUGCGUGUCAGAGGCGUGUGUAUCUGGAUAUUGGGGAGGAGAUGCUGCUGCACGCGUUUGAGGGGUAUAAUGUGUGCAUUUUUGCAUACGGACAGACCGGAGCGGGCAAGUCCUACACCAUGAUGGGCAAGCAAGAGCCUGACCAGCAGGGGAUAAUACCUCAGAUGUGUGAAGAUCUGUUCAAACGAACCUCAGAAAACACAGACCCAGACCUGUCCUACUCAGUAGAGGUGUCGUAUAUGGAGAUCUACUGUGAGCGUGUGCGGGACCUGCUGAAUCCAAAGAGUGGGGGCAAUCUGCGUGUGCGGGAGCACCCCAUCAUGGGCCCGUAUGUGGAGGACCUGUCCAAGCUUGCUGUGACAACAUACAGUGACAUCACACACCUCAUGGACUGUGGGAACAAAGCCCGAACGGUAGCUGCAACAAACAUGAACGAGACCAGUAGCCGCUCUCAUGCUGUUUUCACCAUCAUCUUCACCCAGCGCCGCCGCGACCAGCUUACCAGCCUCGACACAGAAAAGGUCAGCAAGAUCAGUCUGGUGGAUCUAGCUGGGAGUGAGAGAGCAGAUUCCUCCGGAGCAAAGGGCAUGAGGUUAAAGGAAGGUGCUAAUAUUAAUAAGUCUCUCACCACUCUGGGGAAGGUUAUAUCUGCUCUGGCUGACAUGAGCAGUAAGAAGAAGAAGAGUGAGUUUAUUCCGUACAGAGACUCAGUGCUUACCUGGCUGCUAAAGGAAAACCUUGGGGGUAACUCUCGCACUGCCAUGAUCGCUGCCCUCAGUCCUGCAGACAUCAACUACGAAGAAACCCUGAGUACUCUGCGGUAUGCUGACCGUGCUAAACAGAUUCGCUGUAACGCCAUCAUUAAUGAGGACCCGAAUGCCCGGCUGAUCAGAGAACUGAAGGAGGAAGUGAACAGACUGAGAGAGAUCCUGCUCACACAGGGGCUUAGCCAACUCAUCACUGCUGCAGGUCCGGAAGUGAAUAAUAACCGUGUGUGUCCUGCACUGCCCGCUGACCCCACUCCUAAUGGUGGCCCACCAAGCACAACCAUUGUUCCUGAACACAGUCCUGCCCAGGAUGGUGAUCCCACCCCUGAUGAUGGCCUGAACCAGUCAGAAUUUCCAAAAGUGGUCAUAUCCAAAGAGGAGGCAGUGGAAAGACUGAGGGAAACAGAGAAGAUCAUUGCGGAGCUAAACGAAACCUGGGAGGAAAAACUAAGGAAAACAGAAUCUAUACGACUUGAGAGAGAAACACUGCUGGCAGAGAUGGGCGUGUCCAUUAAAGAGGAUGGAGGGACUGUGGGUGUGUUUUCUCCUAAAGGAACUCCUCAUCUGGUGAACCUGAACGAGGACCCUUUGAUGUCAGAGUGUCUGCUGUAUUACAUCAAAGAGGGCGUGACCAGGGUGGGGCAGAAGGAUGUGGAUAUCCGGCUGAGUGGGCAGUUCAUUAAAGAGCAACACUGUGUGUUCUACUGUAACACUAACCACAAUGGAGAGGUUGUCGUCACACUGGAGCCAUUAGAGGGGGCGGAAACCUACGUCAACGGAAUAGAAAUCACUGAACCAAUGGCGCUCAAACAAGGUAACCGCAUUGUGAUGGGGAAGAACCAUGUGUUCCGCUUUAAUCACCCGGAGCAGGCUCGACUGGAGAGAGAGCGCAGUUCCAGCAUGGAGCAGCAGGGGGAGCCAGUGGACUGGAGCUACGCCCAGAAAGAACUACUGGAGAACCAGGGCAUUGACAUCAAACUGGAGAUGGAUAAGAGGCUGCAGGAUAUGGAGCUUCUGUACCGCAGAGAGAAAGAGGAAGCUGAUCUUCUGCUGGAGCAGCACCGACUGUAUGCAGAUUCAGACAGUGGAGAUGACUCUGAUAAACGCUCCUGUGAGGAGAGCUGGAGACUCAUCUCAUCUCUCAGAGAGAAGCUACCAGCUAACAAGGUGCAGUGCAUAGUGAAGCGCUGUGGAUUACCCAGCAGUGGGAAGCGGCGUGAGCCCCAGCGUGUGUAUCAGAUCCCCCAGCGCCGUCGCAUCAGCAAAGAUCCUGAGAGUGUGACGGUGUGUGACCUCCAGCUGCAGGCUGUCAAAGAGAUCUGCUAUCAGGUGGCGCUAGGGGAUUUUAAACACACUCUGAGGGAGAUCCAGGCUUUGGCCAUCGUGAAGCUGAAGGAGCUGUUCAGAAUGUAUGGUAAAAAAGAACCAGAGGACAGGGAGCUGUGGAAGGAGGUGGCCCAGGACGUGUGGGAGACGAUCGGUGUGGGUGAGGAGCGUGGGCAGGAAGUGGGCGUGGUCGGGGAGGGAGGAGCAGGGCAAACAGGUGUGUAUGACCUGAAGGCUCACUUGGAGAAGCUGACCGACAUCCUGCAGGAAGUGAAGGAGCAGAACAACAUGAAGGACGAAGAGAUCAAAGCACUCAGAGACCGAAUGAUGAAGAUGGAGAGAGUCAUACCUGGGGUACAGCAGGACAAUGGCUCAGCAGAAGACCAGGUUUGCGAGGAUAAGGAGUCAGAUGAGGGACGAGACCCUGAACAGGGUGGAGAAGGCUGUGCUAACAAUGAUAAGCGAGUGACGCGCUUGAUGGAGGAAGACCCCGCAUUCCGCAGGGGGCGGCUCCGCUGGCUCAAACAGGAACAGACUCGCAUACAGAACCUCCAGCAGCAGCAGAUCACCAAGCGGCUGCGACAAGGGGGUGGAGCCAAAAACGGAGCUGGAGAGGGGGCAGUGGUCCAUCUGCCCGGAACCGGCAGAUUUAUCCCCCCACAGGAGUGCAAGCUGAAGUUUCCCUUUAAGAGCAACCCGCAACACCGGCUGUCCUGGAGUCCUGCCUCCCUACAGACUCUGCCUACAGAAGAGGAGAGGAGUAAAGGGGAGGAGAAGAAAGGCAGCCAGUCUCCACCCACAAACCAUGUGGCUCCACCCAGCCCAACCCAUGCAAUCCCGGCGGUGCUUCCAUUUCUGCCCACUCCAUUUCAAAUGCCGGUGGUCAUGGGAAGCCAGCGCAUGCGCACACCUUCCCCUCACCGUACCUGGCAACCACAUAACUAUGACAGCGGUAACUACAGCAACAACAGCAGCCACUUUCCUCAGCAGCAGCAGCCGCCGCCAUUGCAGUGGCGCUACAGGCGGAAUUCUCUUGACAGCUCUACAGCCUCCGGUAGGCAGGGUCACUACAGCAACGGUAACCACGGCGACUACAACAACCAACAGCAUCACCAGCAGGGGGGGCGUGGCCGCUAUCGGCAACAGUCACCGGGUCCUGGAGCGAGAGGAGAUUCUGGACACCAACCUAGAGACGGUUACUAUGCCAACAACCAUCACCAAUACCAGCAUCAGCAGCCGUUCAUCCCUCACUUUCACAUGUACCAGACUCCACCCCCUGUUCACGCACACACACUGCCACGAAACACACAUGCAGAACACACACGUGGAGGCUGGGGGUGUGUCCCCAAAUUCCAGCAGGGGUACACCACACCACCCCGCAUGAGGCGGCAGUACAGCGCCCCCGACCUGAAGAACAAAGAAACACCUGUCUGAGUGUGUUUGUGUGUGUGUGUGUAUGUGUGUGUGAGCGAGCGUUGUGAGUGCUUACCUUCCACACCUGCUUGACGUCCACCUAAGUUAUGCUUAAGUGGUGAUGUCAUUACGAUCUCAUGCGAUGAUGUCAUUAGCACACCGACCCAAGCUAAGUUAUGCUAACGCACAACACAGAGACUCACUGCAACCAAAUAACCAAACACACUCUGCUGGGUCCUGUGUGCUAAAGGAGAACUCCACUGCUUUUACAAAAUUCUCCACAUAAUUACACAGUUAAGAUGAAGAACAGAGGCGUUCAGAGUGGGUUUGGUGUGAAUCACUCCAUUCUAGAGAAACUUACCCAGUGCGACACAGAAAGGUGUUACCAUAUUUCUCAGCAGAUUCUGUGUUAAAAAGUUGUUUUUAAAAUCGCAUAUCAUUAAGGAUGUCCCAAUCAGGUGGUCCAGUCCAGUUUUCUUAAUGCUGUGUAUUUGCUGAUACCAAUCAGAUUUUUGUGUUUGUAUAAGUAACACAGCCACACAGUUUAAAUAAGCACUUAGUUCCCACUCUGGGCUGAUAUCUGUUCUUUGUUGACUAGUGAUGUGGCAAAAAAAAAAACUUUUAUAGUGAUGUAAAAAUGCUAUUUUGUAUAUGUAGCACAUUCGCAUACAUCUAUAGCAUGUGUGUAUUAGCAUGAGCAGUUGCCUUAAACAAGUUCUGCACAUGCAGUUCAGUGCUGGUUUACAAUAACUUAAAAGUAUUUUUACAAUAAUUUUAAAUAGUUUCAGAUAGCUUGUAAUUUUUUCAUGCCCACUACAAAAUAGAAUCUAAAAACUUUUUUGUAUUUACCUUCUGAGAACUCUCAUUACACAUUACUCAUUACUCAUUGAGUGCUGCCAGCUGGGUAGAAAUGUCUGUUAAUGGUGCCUUUAGGAUACCAGAUGGUGCUCUGAGCACUGAGCUUAAAACCAAGUGGUCCCAGAACUGGUUUGGGAUUGAAAUAUCCAUGAAUAUAUGUCUGGAUCCCUAAUGAAAUAGUGGAGAAAUACAUGCAAGAUGUUGCACAGCCAAAAAUAGUCCCUAAAGAAAUUGUUUUUGUUUAGAUUUGCUCUUAAUUAUUCCAUAUAAAAUUAAAAAUACACAUGGUUUAAUUCACCACCACACGAUACAAGAUUAUCUACAAUGAAGAGCAGUUUCACACUGAAGCCCUACUCUGAAUUUAUUUAUAUUAAACAUGUAGAGAAUUUUGAUUUAUGGUGGAGUUCACUUCAUAUGUGUGUGUGUGUAUAUAUAUGUGUAUAUAUGUAUACACACACACACAGGGGUUGGACAAUAAAACUGAAACACCUGGUUUUAGACCACAAUAAUUUAUUGUCUCGACGGACAGUUCUGGUGGAAACAGGAGAGUUGAGGUGCACAUUGAAUUAUUUUUUUUGUGUUAUGUUUUUUGGAUACAAUCCGGGUUAGCACCCGAACAUCCCUUUCAGACAGCUUCCUCUUGCGUCCACAGUUAAUCCUGUUGGAUGUGGUUGGUCCUUCUUGGUGGUAUGCUGACAUUACCCUGGAUACCGUGGCUCUUGAUACAUCACGAAGACUUGCUGUCUUGGUUAUAGAUUUGUCCUCUUUUGGUAUGUCACCCAUAAUGUUGUUUGCAUUGCAGUUUUUGAGCAAAACUGUGCUGGCUGCCAGGCUGCUCCAAUGUAGCCAUGAAACCUCCCACACUAAAAUGACAGGUGUUUCAGUUUCAUUGUCCAACACCUGUGUAUAAGUGUGUAUAUAUAUAUA